AUGGCUACACGAACAUCCUCACGCCAUGCCGCCCAGAAGGCCAAGGAAGCCAUUGCAACUUCCGCCGAGCCGACUGGCAAGGCUACCAAGGGAACAAAGCGGAAAGGUCCAACCGAAGAAGCUCCACAUCCCAAAAAGGAGAAAACGGAGGACAUAAAGCCCGACGAAGAGAAAGCGGAGCAGGCACCAGUUACAUCGGUGGACGGUCCAGUGCCCAAGACAGAUGAACCACCUGUCGAGAAAGAGGAACCACCUGUCGAGAAAGAGGAACCACCUGUCGAGAAAGAGGAACCACCUAUCGAGAAAGAGGAAGCGCCUGUCAAGGCAGCAGAACCAUCUGAAGGACAAUCAUCAAAGGAGAAACCCGCCGAAAUCACUCCAGAGAAACCCCAAGGAAUUGAGGGAGGUCUUCACAAGUCUGAGGAGAGGGAAAAUGUGGUAUCCUCCAACAUCCUCGAAAAAGGCUUCAUCUAUUUCUUCUUCCGCCCACGCGUCAAUGUGGAUGAUCCUCAAAGUAUUGGCGAUGUCGCCCGAAGCUUCUUUGUCCUCCGUCCCACCGUCCUUGGUGCGGAAUUCGACAAAGGUCAAGGCCCCGUCGACAAAGAUGCCUCAUGUCGCUUGAUGAUUCUCCCAAAAAAGAAGUUCCCGACCUCACCCAAAGAACGAGAUAUGGGAUUUGUGGAGAAGGCUGGACAAUCUAUGCAAUCUCUCCAUGAGAAGUUCAUCGCUGGUACCACAUACCAGACUGCCACCCGAGGUGAACGUCACACUGAGGAUGCCAGACCUUAUGCAGAAGGUGUCUACGCGAUCACCUCCACACCGCGGGCAUCCCAUCUCGCCUAUAUCCUGACCAUUCCUGCCGAGGUGGGUGAUCUCCAGGAGGACUUUGGUCUGCAAGGACGCGGGAGUUGGAUUGUUCAGUCGAAGAAUCCCAAGUUCGCUGGUCCGCCAAUCGGUCGAUUACCGAAAGAGCCAGAAUUCCCUCCAUCGGUUCUCGAGAAAUUCGGAGAUCUUCGAUGGGCACCUCUGCAACCCGAGUUCCUGGACUAUCCUAAUUCCCAAUUCCUCAUAAUUGGCGAGGCGCAGAAUCACCUUGGCAAGGCUGCAUCUUCUGAGGGAGGUAAACAGCCUCACGAGGAAGAGCCUGGCCAGGAAUUGGAGAAACUCGAAGACGAAAACGAACAUCGGGUUGAGUCUCUUCAAGGAGAUGAAACAAUCUAUGAAGACCUGGGCUUCCACGCGAAGAAUUACCCCAAAUUGCCCACAACUUGGAAUAUCUAA